UAGUUUUCCCCGCCUACUCAGACAGCUCACCUAGUCUAUCAGCUCCCACUCUGUAAUGUUAACCAGCUAGCUAGUAGCAGAAACUCACUGUGGCUAGCGAAGUAAAUGAAAAAAUAGACAUCUUGUACUGUAGCUAGUUAGCUAGCUCCGGCCUUGGCUGUAAUACCGGCUAAGGCAUAAUAAGAAAAGUAACGAAUAAUUGUUUAUAACUAACGAUAAAAUGGCGGAAAAGCCAGAGGCUGGAGACAGCGAAGACGAGGUUGAAGAUGUGUACGAAGUGGAGAGGAUUAUUGACAUGCGAACGGAGGAGGGGGAGGUACUGUACCGCGUUCGCUGGAAGAACUACUCCUCUGACGAUGACACGUGGGAGCCUGAGGCCCACCUGGAGGAUUGCAGGGAGGUGCUCCUGGGCUACAAGAGGGCUCUGGCAGAGGCUAAGGUCACGAAAGACCAAGAUGCUAAGAAAUGCAUGAAGUUGCCCAUGAAGAGUGAUGUGUUCGAUGCUGACUCUGACAGCGACAGUGAUAUUGACAAGCCCACAGACCUGCAUGUUAAGAAGAAGAAAAAGAAGAAGCCCAGAGAAGAGGAGGAGGAGGAGGCACCUCCCCUGAAGGAGAAGAGGAAAAAGAAGAAAGACAAGCGCAAGGAGGACUUCAGGCCUCGUCCGGCACCGGAGUCUGAUGAAGAGGAGCUUUCCCCUCCCCCAACCCCUGGCCGCGGAACCAAGAUGUCCGACUCCAAAAAGAGAUUUGUUGACUCCGAUGAAGAGGAAGAAGCCCCUGUGCCCUCCAAGAAGCACAGGAAGGACAAGGCCAAGGAUGGAGGAAAGCACGGAAAAAAAGAGAAUGGGGAGGAAGGGAAGAAGAAAAAGAAGAAAAAGAAGGAUCGAAGGGGUGAUCUGGAGUCCACUGAAGAUGAGGCCACCGCCCCCCUGGAAGAGGAGCUUAGCGAGGGGCCAUCUGAGUCCCAGACGGAUGAUACCACCACAACGGAAAAGUCUCGCGCUGAUGACAAGCCCAAGAAUAAGAAGAGUAAGUCAGAACUGAAGCUGCAGGGCAUCAAGGACUUACUUCAGGACAAGAAAGGCAAGAAACUGGAAACUUCGUCGCCAAUGCUCUCCGCAAGCGGCCUCGCAAAACUGAAGAGCCUCACUUCCUCCAAGAGCCAGGGCCGGGAUGAGCCCACACCAACCUCUGACUCCAGCGACACUCCUGCCCCGGCCCAAGUCCACAAGAAGGCCAAGGGCAAGAGCCACGAGGCCACUCCUGCACCGCCUAAAAUUCCCUCUUCCUCAUCCUCGUCUUCCUCUUCCUCCUCUGGUGCAGGGGCAAGCACUAGCAAGACUGUGGAGGAGUCUAAAGUUGUAGUGGCUGGGGAUAAGGAGCCGACCGCCUCCACUAACCUGUUUGAGAAGUUCCUGCUGAACUGCGAGGCCAAGGACCGUGUUCCCCGCAAACAGAUGGUCCACCAGCCCACCCCCACGGAGAACACUAAACCACCAAAGCUCAUAGGGAAAAUUGAGAAAAGGACCAAGCCGACAAAGGAGUCACCUGCUCGGAAGCCAGAGCCAGAUAAGUCCAAACAUACAGACGCAUUUCGGCCCAGUCAGAGCCCCAGUGCUAUGGAGACUGGUGACAGGGCAGAGGCAGAGGAGGAACCCGCCCAGAAGUCAAAGUUCGGCGGAGAGGACCGGAGGGAGGAGGCACAACGUUGGGAGAGGAGGACCCAAGAGGAUGACAGGAGGAGGAGGAGGAGGGAGGACAGCGAGCCACGCCUCUUCAUCGCCUGUGAUGACAAUCAAGACCCCUUGGAGAGCGCUGACAAGUCUGGUACGCAGUUUGACAAAGGUCAAGCCUCUCUUAACCUUGGAAUGGACCUCAACUUGGACUGGAUGACACUGGAGGACUUUCAGAAACAUUUGAACGGGGAGGAUGAGAUUCUUUCUGCUCCACCUCUAUCUCCCAGUGAGCUGCGGGAUGCAGUGAAAAGUGGGGAUUACAUGUCUGUGAAACUUGCACUCAAUUCCAAAGAGGACUACAAUCUGGACCAGGAGGCAUACACUGUUGAACAGAAGAGUUUAAGUGGCAAAGAGAAGAGUUUAAAUGAAGAGGAUAUUUUAAAUGAGGAAAAGAAGACUUUAUGUGAUGAAGAGAAGAGAUUAAGUGAUGAAGAGAAGCCUUUAUGUGCAGCAGGGAAUCCUCGCAGCCUGGGGAAUCUUCACCGCAGCCUGGGGAAUCUUCACCGCAAAAGGAAUCCUCACCGCGAAAGGAAUUCUCUUUGCAAAGAUGAGAUUCCUCUAUGCGAAGAGAAUCAUUUACACAAGGAAGAGAAACAUUCUCUACACAAUAAAAAGACUUCAUGUGUUGAAGAUAAUACGUCAUGGGAUGUGGAGAAGACUUUAUGUGACAUAAAGAAGGGUGCUGAGGAAAGCAGUUUGAGUGGUGAUGAGAUUCACGAAAACAGUUCUGGUGAUGAGGUAGAACGACAAAGACUUGAUUCAAACGUUCCAAGUGGGUCAGAUCCUCUUCCAUCUAAUGCAGAAAGCUCAUGCGAGGAUGAAUAUGAGCAGUACCCUCCAAAAACGGCACAAGCUAAAAAGACUUGCCGCAAAAUAUUUGCGCCACGGAAAGGUACACGGUCAAGCUUACGUUCCAGCACAAAAAUGACAGUCAGCGCAUGUAGUACGAUAGAAGAUGAUGAUAAGGGGAAAUUGGACAAAAAGUACUUCUGCCUGUAUUGCAAUGAACCACACCACAAAAUUGCAAGACAUUUAGAAAGGAUGCACGCAGAAGAAGCAGCUGUUGCUCAUGCUAUCAGCUUCCCAGAACUCUCCAAAAUCAGGUCUCUCUUGCUUGACCAACUCCGUAACAAAGGCAACGAUCAACACAACUUAGAAAUUCUUCAAUGUGGAGAUGAAGUUGUGACAAAGGAAAUACCCUCUUACAGUGGUGCUUCUGUGCGUGACUACCUACCCUGCCAACACUGUGUAGCUUUUUUUAACAAAAUUGAUUUAUGGAAGCAUGAGAGCUCAUGUAAUGCCAGAAAAGGACAAGAUGAAACGAGGGGAGGAAAAAGAGUGAGGAUCCAGGCUGCGUCCUCUCAACUUGUUCCAUUGCCUGUCUAUUCUACUGGAGGAUGUGAAGAAAUAAUACACAAUAUGAAUCAAGAUGACAUCUCAUGCCACAUCAAAAAUGAUCCCCUGAUAUGUAAAUAUGGCAAUGCACUAUCUGCAAAGCAUGGUCAUGCCAAGUCACAGUUUACUUACAUUGGUUCAAAAAUGAGGGAAUUGGCUAGAUUUGUACUUAAUGUAAAUGAGAUGGACUGUGAUGUGCAAUACUUGCAUGAAGUAUGUGUACCAUCCAAAUUCAAAUUGGCCGUUCAUGCUGCCAGGAAAAUGAGUGGUCAUGACCCUGCCUCCGACAGGUACAAGACCCCAUCUCUUGCUUUAAAGAUAGGCUAUUCCUUGAAAAGAGCUACUGAAAUAGCUUUUGGGGAGAGUCGUAUGACAGAGGACCGUGAGGCAGAGGAACAAGCCAAAAGGUUCAUUGAACUACUUGAAAACGAUUGGAAUAACUGUUUUUCUGGUCUAUCCCUCAGCGCUGUCCCUCAGUGUGAUGAAGUUGAUGUGUCUUCACUAACUGAGGAUUUGAUCAAACUUCAGAAGUUUCUCAAGGUUGCAGAGGACACAGCGAAGAAAGAAUUGCUGGAGAACCCCACCAACACUGUCUGGAAAAAGCUCAAUGAAAUUCUUCUUGCAGAAAUAGCUCUCUUCAACAGAAAAAGGACAGGGGAGGUUGCGAAAAUGCUGUUGGAAACGUACACAAACAGAAAGAAAGCUCCAGCUAGUGCAGACAUUUUCAAUAACCUCUCAAGGCUGGAGCAGGAGCUUGGUGAUGACAAAUUAACCAGGUUGGAAAUAGAAGGCAAAAAUGGUAGGAAAAUGCCAGUCCUACUAACGGAGAGGAUGAUCUCAUCUCUUGAGAUCCUUAUUGCAAACAGAGACAAAGUUGGUGUGUCAAAGGACAACCCUUAUGUCUUUGCACGUAGCCUGGAUGCAGCAAGCUACAUCAGAGGGUUUGACUGUCUGAGGAAGUGUGCACAUGAGUGUGAUGCAAAGAAUCCUGAAAGUCUGAUCCAUGCGACAGUGAGGAAAGAGGUUGCUAUCCAUUGCCAAAUACUAAACUUGAAUGAAAGUGAAUUGGAUCAGGUGGCAAAGUUAUUGGGACAUGACACCCAGGUCCAUAAAGAGUACUACAGGCUCUCUGAAAACGCAGCACAUCUAGCACAAAUCAGCAAAUUGCUGCUUGCAAUGGAUCAGGUUCCAGUGGUAAUUCCAGGGCCAUCUGAGGAAAGGGUUGUUUCUCCUACAUAUGGUACAUAUCCAGCGGGGACAGAUAGUGGAAGGACAUAUCCUACCGAGACAUGUCCUACUGGGUCAUCAUAUCCUACAGAGACGUAUUCAGCGAAGUCAUAUACUGUGGAGGCACAGCCUUCAAGGUCAUAUCAUGCUGGGACAUAUCCUGAGAAGUCAUAUCCUUCAGGAUUACAAUCUGCAAUGUCAUAUUCUGCGGGGACAGAUUCUGCAAGGGCAUAUCCUACCGUGACACAUCCUGCAGGGACCUAUCCAGCAGGUUCAUAUGUUGCAGGGACAUAUACUGCAGAGACACAUGAUGCAAGAUCAUAUCCUGCAAGUGCUUAUGCUUCAGGGACGAAUCCUGUCAGGUCAUAUCCUGAAGGGACAUAUCCUGCGGGGACACAUUUUGUGGGUACACAACUUGCUAGGUCAUAUCCUGCCGGAACAUAUCCUGCACAGACACUUCCUGCACAAACACUACCAGCGCAUACAGUUAUUACACCAACACUUCAUGCCCAGACACUUCCAACGCAGACGCUUUCUGUCGGGGCAGUUCCUGAGGGGAAGGUUAAGGUGGGCACAGUGUGGAAACGGAGACCGUGGAGUGAUGCGGCUAAGGCUGCGGUGAAACGUCAGUUGGGACACUUUAUCUCAUUGAUGGAGGUUCCAGGUAAACGGGACUGUGAAGUAUGCCUCCACAAUGAACCAGCUGUACAAGACAGGACAUGGAGAGACAUCAAAAACUAUGUGCACAACACAGUAAAAUCUAUUAAAAGGAAAAAGGGUCUUACAAGAGUGGACCCCACCCAACAGACAAAGAAAGGAGCGGCAAAGAAAGAAAAAGAAACGGAGGCAAAGAGUGCUAAGGAAAGAGUUGGUGGAACAAUGACCGUAUCUGCACAGGAGAGACUAGAGGCAGGUCCUGUUGCAAUACCAAGGAAACAGAAAAUUUGGGGUGAUGAGGCUCAGGCUGCGGUCAGGCGGCAGCUAGGAGACUUCACUAAACUGAUGAAGAUUCCAGGUAAAAAGGAAUGUGACGCAUGUAUUGCAGCUGAACCAGUUCUACAAGGCAGGACAUGGAAAGAUGUAAAAAACUAUGUGCAUAACACAUUAAUGACAAUGUGCAGGAGGCAUAUUUCAGGCAAACAAAACAUGGAUAGUGAAAAACCUAUUCCUGUGACACAGAAACCAGCGUUGCAACAGAGUCCAGUUGUGCAUCAGAAACCAGGGGUGCUGUUGGGACAUCCAGAAGAUCGUCCUGUUUAUCUGUCCUUAUGAUUACCUUGAACUAGUUUGAAAACCUCCCACGGUUGAAGGUAUGCAAGGAUGGAGAAAGGAGAAGAUAGCUUUUGAUUUAAUCUGACCACCCUUGGUCACUCUGAUCUCACUUUGUGACGUAAAGCAAGAAUGAAGUAUCUACUUUAUUCUACGAACGUAUCCGUGGCAACUACAUAGUGAUAUAUUAUGCAUGCAAACUUGUUUCGCAGAUGUUGAAAUUCUCAACUACAAAAUUCCAUUGUCACAAUGCAUUAUGUGGUACCUAAACUCAGUAUUUUGGCAUGGGCUACACAUUUGCAACCUUGGGAGAAGGGAGGCAAGGAAGGAUGGAAUCAUACCUUUUUGUUAAAAAAAAUAUUCCAAUGGCACUUUACAAAGGCUGUCAAACUGAAUCUUCUGGGUCAGCAAUGGCAACAAGGCCUCAUAGACAUACAUUUGGAAUCCAAACGCACCACAUGUUUCGAUUGAACCAUGUUGCAUAAAAAUGGCCACAAUAACUGACUGAAAUACAGUAUAUGCUCCACAUGGAUAGAUAACAUGUACCAAGUACAGUGCAUAAUGUUUAGUUUUUUUAAAACAACUUCGUAGAUUGUUGUGCAAAGCUAUACAGUUAAACUGUUGACUUUGGCUUUUUGAUCACAAUACUGGUAUACUUUACUUUCACCAAAUGAAUCUGGAUCCAGAUGUACAAAAUGUUUUGUGUAUAUGUCUAGGUUAGGUUUUGAGUAAAAACAACUGACCAGAAAACCUGGGAAUUUAGCAGGUUAUUCCUGGUAGAAGUGAGGUGUGAAUGGGUUUCAGGGCUCCAUCUGUGCUAGCUGCACAUUCUACAUUGUCACCCCACUCAAACCUUCCUAUUUUUUGAGUGGCUAAUAUCACGAUAUGGUCAAACAGUAAAGUUCAUUAUCCUCAUUCCUGUAAUAUUAGUGUCUGCCCUCCUGCCCCUGUUUCGCUGGGGCCUGCUGAUGUGAUAAGUGAGCCACUCUCCUCUCUGGUAGAAAAACAUAUGUUCUGGUUGUACAACAAUAAGGAGGUCUCAGCUUUCUGUAGGUAUACUUUUCUAAACUCAAUAUUGAGCUCAGUAGCAACUAUUUUACAAACAAUAUUUUAUAUGGCUUUCAGAUACGGAGUGGGGAGUGAAAUACGCAUUGAAUAUUGUGAGGGCAUAUAGGUCUCAUUGGGUAGCCUACAACUGCAGAGUUUUUUCAGGACUUUACAUUUACUGAUUAAUACAUGGCUACUAGUAGUGGGUAUCAUAUUUAGAGUUAGCAAUCUAAUGUGUUUUGAAUUUCCACUUCCACAGAUGUUGAAUUAGCCCCAAAUGUAUGUUGUAGAUGAAGGAAAAUUCAUCUUUAUUGAAAAAGAAAAACAUUAAAAUAUAACAACAAUAUCCAUAUUGUCAACCCAAAAUUCAUGCCAAUCAUGGGAUUAGGUUGCACAUCAAAAUAUCUUGAAUCAUGCAUUCCUGAUUGGACAUGUUAGAUUAAACAACUUAUUUCUUGAAUAGCAUCUCGGUGUAGUCUAUUACAAAAAAAGAACUAUGACUGACUUUAUAAGAUGAUUACAAACAUUUUAUAUUGCAUGACGCUACAAUUUUUGUGGGUUGAGACUAAAUCUGAAACUGAAAAAGUUGCGCACAGUUCAGAUGCCAAAUGUAUGGCGAGUCGAACUGAAUAGAAAUGAAAAGCAGGCUGUCAUGUUUGAAAGCUUUUCUUGACUUACCAACAGUGCAGACUUUCUUGUUGGUUUUGGGUUGAAUUCAGGCAUAACAGUGACCUUAUGUGUUGAAGAAACCACAAGAUUUAUUGCACUAAAAGGGCAAAGUUCGACGAGGCGCACUGCGUGGUUUCACACGGCACUCUAUCCCUGCUCCUCCAAAGAGAAAGUUACAUAUUGUUUUGUUCGGUGCGGCGAUGGAGCGGUGUUUGAACUAGGGCCUAGUGCCACCAGCGGAAAAUGCUAGUCUGGAGCCAUGGGUUUACGUACGAAAUUUGUGCCCAGCUAAGAGUAUGGCUUGAUGUUUGAGCCACUUGAAAUCCAAUCAUGUCAAGAAGAAUGUUUAGAUGAAGACAGCUCCAUUGUAAAUUGUACUUAUUAUAAAUACAAGGUAUACAUACACUAUUCAUACUCGAUUGCUUUUGAAGCAUGGUUGAGUUUAUUAUCAUGGAUAUUGUACUUAUGUUAUUAACGUUAGCGAACUAGCUAUCUUGUAUUCCUAGCUACCGGUAUGUAUCAGUCGUUUUUUUAUAUUUGUUUUUAUAUAUAUAUAUAUAUUAUUUUUCUCAACAAUUUCGAUCUCAGCAGUGACACGUUCAGAUCCUAUCAAAGGGCCCAUUUAUGGAUGCAUCCUGAUUUUCCACCCUUCUCCCAAAGUGUGCAAGUAAACUCUUUGAAAGAAGUGUGGAAUCCGCACUCAGCGUGAGUGAUAGCUGAUGGGUUUGGCAAGAACGGGUGCACUUUUAUUAGCAAUCCCUUUACAUCGCAAGUUUAUGUGUGAAGGCUAGUUUAUGGUUCCUAAACCAAAGCCUUGUUUAUGGUCACUAGUAACUUUACAGUAAUGGUCACUAAAGUUGGUUGACUUCCCAUCCAAUUUGAGGCAGUUUUUGGUUCUCCUAUCCACUCCUUUGGCCAAAGGUUACUAUUGAUAAGUAACUGAAAUCUGCCUUAACAAUUGGAAACAGAUCCUUUGUUCUGCAUGUGGAAUUGGUUUCAGAGAUUCACACACAUACAACCUAGGCUAUUUCUCUUAUACAUGCCUUUUCUACUAAAUAUGAUGUGAAUUAUUAGGCAUUAGCUGAACAUGUACUUGUUUUAUUGCUUCUUGUCAAACGAUAAACAUUUCAACUUUUUAAAUUAAUGUUGCUAUUAUUCACUACGGUCUUAACCAUAUUGAUUCAGUAGCUGUUUAAGUUCCUCAACACUCAUUUAGGCUGACUAACUUGUAUAGGGUUUGACGGCUGUUGCUUCUCUGUAUUAUUUGAUCCGCUUGCCUACUAGAUAAUGUUACUAUUGCAAGUAAACCUUUCUGUUGCUUCUAAUUGGAUCAAGGAGGAAUAAUGUAAAUAAAUUAGUUCAUAGUUGUCAGUUCAUGUUGUAACUGCAUAAGGUCUGCCACAGUGUUAGGUGUUAACUGAGAACAAUUGUCAGGGGUUUAAACCACACCCCACUAUUUACUGUCUAAAGACAUGGACAUCAUUGCUUAAAUCGUUUUUUUCACCAACAUGUAUUUGUUAUCAAGCUGCCUUUUGUUACCACCUGGUGCUUAUUGUGUUUAUUGUAAGAUACUAUAUUUGCGCCGUUAAUAAAUUGUUACUUGACGUAAACGUU